AUGGAUUCCACCGGCGCUGGAGCGGGAGGGAAGGCGAAGAAGGGAGCGGGCGGGCGCAAGGCCGGCGGGCCGAGGAAGAAGUCGGUGUCGAGGUCCGUGAAGGCCGGCCUCCAGUUCCCCGUCGGCCGCAUCGGGCGCUACCUGAAGAAGGGCCGCUACGCGCAGCGCGUCGGCACCGGCGCCCCCGUCUACCUCGCCGCCGUCCUCGAGUACCUCGCCGCUGAGGUUCUGGAGCUCGCCGGGAAUGCUGCCAGGGACAACAAGAAAACGCGCAUCAUCCCCCGCCACGUGCUGCUUGCGAUCCGCAACGACGAGGAGCUCGGGAAGCUGCUGGCCGGCGUGACCAUCGCGCACGGCGGCGUGCUGCCCAACAUCAACCCGGUUCUGCUGCCUAAGAAGACGGCAGAGAAGGCGUCCAGCGGCGGGAGCAAGGAGCCCAAGUCGCCGAAGAAGGCCGCCAAGUCCCCCAAGAAGGCAUAG